UUCUGUUCUGGAUGACAGCCUUCCCGUACCUUAUCCAAUAAACGGUCGUGCUGAGGUGGAGAUCAGCCAGAAGCACUUCAUAUGGCUGCAAAAUGCCUCGAUGUGGUGAUGGAAGAGUUUGGAAAUGCAGUGUCCAUCACAGGAAAGCCAGGCAACUACCGCUUUAGUGGCCCGGUGGUCACUGUCUUACACAUCCUGGCGCAACAUCUCGGCCUCUGUUUCAGAUUCACAAGAUCUGAACUGCGAACUUAUGGUCACCGUCUGCCGAAUGGUUCCUGGACGGGAAUACUUGGCCAACUGCACCAACAAAAUGUAGAUUUCGCCGGGACAUUGUUCGCACUGUCGCCAGAAAGGUACUGGGUUGUAGACUUCAGUGAACACAUCUACCUGGAUGAGAUGACCGCCGCCUACGUCCGGCCAGGUGUCGUCCCCAACAUAGUAGGAUUCAUCCGACCUUACACAUUUUCGGUGUGGCUGUUGGUGCUCGCUACUUCAGUCCUGGUGCUGGCAACUAUCAUCGCUGUGCAGCUCAGCUACCUUUACCUGUACAAGAACAGUGCAACUUUGGAGGAUGAUUCCAUAGAACAAACCACGGAUAUUUCAAUGGCAAGUGAAAGCUGCCUGGUUACACUUAGGAGGUCUGCUCUCUGGAUCUGGUGUGCAUUGCUUGCCCAAAGUGUGUCGUGGAAGAUGUCACGAGGUGUGGUGAGGGGCGUAGCAGGCCUGUGGCUCCUGGUGGCCUUUACGCUGGGCUCAGUGUAUCGAUCAAAUUUGAAGGCGAUGCUCAUUAUUCCCAAGGUGAAUCUCCCUUUCGACAGUCUAGAAGAACUGGCCGACUCUGGCAUCACUACCGCUGUCUUCAAAGGUUCGGCGAUUCACCAUCAAAUAUUGGCAGCGGACAACAGCUCAAGCCUGGGUCGGUUAAGAGACCAGCUUCACGUGUACUACAAUGACCAAGCGCAAGUGGCAGUGAAAGAUUUGUUUAGUGGCAAACUGGCAUUCAUCGUCUUCUAUCAGGCAUUGCUUUCAACCAUCCAUGCUGAUUUUUCGAAAGGAUCAACUAUCAACGCACACACGGUGGGUGCGGUGGGUCAAAAAUUGAGUCAAGAUGGACAGUACCGGGCCACCGACACCAAAAGAUUGCAGCUUCCUGAGAAGACCGGCAUGGUUGACUCGGUCAAAAGCUGCAGAGAAAUCAAGUUGGACUACCCUUGUUUCAUGCCCACAGUCAAGAGCUUGCUGAAUCUUAUGAGAGAUAGUGAGUAG